CCAGGGCGGAUCUGGGGCUCUGUGGCCCCCAGGCCGGUGGUAAUGGGCCAGCCAUCGCACCUCCGGGGUUCCGGGCUCUGAGGGCCGCCUCGGCGCUAGAGCCAUGGAUGCCAACCUGCCGGGCACCUUUCUGCUCAACGGCCCCUCGCUGGGCCCCUUCCCCGAGGCCAAGGCGCCUGUUUGCCAGUACUCAGUGCAGAGUUCCUUCUACAAGCUGGGACCCCCUGGGCUGGGUGCCCAGCUGGCUGCUGGCACCCCCCACGGCAUCUCGGACAUCCUCGGCCGGCCCGCGGCGACACCCAACAGCAGUCUCCUCCCCGGCUACCCCCACACGGGCGGAUUUAACGGACUGAGCUCCCCGGGCGUCUAUUACGGGCCCCAGGUGGGCGCUCUCCCCAAGGCUGGUGGCGAGUACCUGCCGCGGGGCCGGAGCUGCUGGGCGGAGGCGGCCCCGGAGUGGCGGGGGGCCCGGCAGUGCGGCGGCCCCCCUGCUCACUUGGCUGACAGCAUCCACAAGAAGAAGCACACGCGCCCAACCUUCACGGGACACCAGAUCUUUGCUCUGGAGAAGACUUUUGAGCAGACCAAGUACCUGGCGGGUCCGGAAAGAGCACGGCUGGCCUAUUCUCUUGGCAUGACUGAGUCUCAGGUGAAGGUCUGGUUCCAGAACCGACGGACCAAAUGGAGGAAGAAGAGUGCCCUGGAGCCCUCCUCAUCCUCGCAGCGGGCGGGGGGCUCUGGCGGAGAGCGGGCAGCCUCUGAGACCGAGGACGAUGAGUACAACAAGCCCCUGGACCCAGACUCAGAUGACGAGAAGAUCCGGCUGCUGCUGAGGAAGCACCGUGCAGCCUUCUCAAUGCUGGGCUUGGGCACACACAGCGGCUGAGCACCAGCACAGCCUGCCCCUCUGGGCUGGGGAGUGCCCGGCCCAGCCACCUCCGUCCUGCCAGGGGUGACUCCCCUCAGCAGCAGGUGCCUGGCUGUUGGGAUGGGGUGGCUGACAGCCUGAUGGGGAGCAUGGCUUGCAGGGCUGGGAGCAGCACACAUGGUAGCAUCAGGUGCAGCUGUGUUACGGGCAUUGAUGAAAUAAAGGUCCUAGUCAAGUCCCAGCACUUGUUUUGUG